CUAAUAAAUUAUCUAAAACUCAUACAAAAAUUAUCCACAAAUAUAUCCAAAAAAAAACUGAGGUGGCUGGUCUUCCUCUAUGAGCUGCAUUCAUAGUCAUUCUCCAUCCCUUCACUUGCUUAACCUGCAAAAGCAUAAACAAAAUGCUGAAAAAUCAACCAAUUUACAAUAUGGGUUUUUCUCCAGCUACUCAGCAAAGAGGCACUGUAACAUUAUAUCCAAAGUUGCAGUUUUACCUUUGAAUGUAGAAACUUUUCAUACUUCUCUCACACUUGCUGUUGCUAAACCUGCUAAUACUGAAGUUCUGUUCCAAACCAGUGCACUGCUGAUCUUCUUCUACUUGGUAGCCAAUUUUGUGGUACCACAACUUAUAACGAAAGGGUUUGGUGGCGAAGGGGAUGAAAACGAGAAGCCUAACAACUCCGACUCUGUGGACGAGCUGAAAGUGAGCUCAACAGCAACGAAGCGUGGUUUUAACAACAACAAACUGAAAUAAGAGGAAGCAUUUUCGCAUAUCAGCUGAUGUGUGCUUGCAAAUACCUAUCAUAGCAAAAAAGCAAAAUAGAAAAAAAAAAAAAAAAAAAAAAAAAAAUUGGAUGGUACUUUUUUAAACAAAAAUUGUACUUUUUUUUUCUUCUGUUGAAUGGUACUUUUUUUUUUUUUUUAAUAUGAAUGGUACUUUCUUUUUCCCCUAUUUUGUCUUUUAACUAUUUGUCUUUUGCCACACAUAUCAAAUAUCCGAAAAUACUUCUUCAAAUAAGCAUACUUUUACAUGCUCUUAUAUAUGAGCAAUAUUA